AUGGCCAUUUUAGCAUUCCGAGAAGCUGAGGCCGCGACUGUAGUUCACGUCCCACAUCCAGUUAUCAUGGGGAAGCAACCGCCCAAGGUUGUGCCCAAGUAUCGCGGCUCUCGUCAACUACCGCAAGCCCCGAGGGCGGGGAUCCAACGCAAGAGUCAACCUCCAUCAGCCCUCCCCGAUGAGCAGGAGGCGGACCGCGAGUUCAACUUGGCGUGCGGCAUGUGCGACCAGAACUACGGUGACGUCGACAAGGACUCCCCCGCCCAGCCGGUGGUGAAGUGGACGAAGGGCAACACGUCGAAGUGCGGCAAGUGGAAGCCGUCGGGGAGGGAGUGCGACGACUGCAGGCUGAAUCGGAGGAAGCAUCACAAGGACCCCGAGACUGGCUACCCCAUCACUCUCGACGCGAUGCUCGCGAAGAGGAAGGACCCGAAGAUGGAUGAGAAGAUCCAGAGUGAUCGGUCGGCGCUCGUGCGAGGUGACACUAAGUAUACGAGGGUCGAGGAGGGCAAGCAGAGCACCGAGGUCGUAGAGGGGUUCUCGGACUUCAAGGAAGGCUAUGUCGAGGGCUACUUCUACAAGCUGUUCGAUUACGCUCGGCUGCUCGACCCGAACGAGGAUUUCGAAGGCUGGACUCCGCAGCAGGUGAUCGAGUGGAUGGGCGAUAACUACCCAGACGUUGAGGUCUUGCAUGACAGGUUCGGCAACCUUGGAGUGAAGGAGCAGAACAUGCCACAGGGGGCAGCACAUAAGUACAGGGAGGGGACUUCGGACACGACAGCUUUCAGGAAGAUCUCCAAGUUCGAGGACGGCGCCGCCGACGUCGCCGCGGCGGCGUUCCAGGAGCUGCAGCGCGGGGGCGUGGAGCGCGGCGACGAGGAUGAGCCUACUCCAGCGGGGCCAGCACCUUCUCGGCCUUCUGUGGCUCCCCCGUCGCUCGCGCCGAGGCUCCAGAGGCGACGGUUGGCCAACGCCCUUGGGGGCGAUGCGUCUUCAUCGGUCUCGGGGACCCCUCAGCCUGCCCCUGAGCAGCGCGCCGACUUGCAGCAGGAGACCCCGUCGUUGAAGGGCGUUCACCCCGCGAAGUCCCUCGCCGUCGGCAUUGGGAAGGCGUCGCGUCCAGAUGAUGCUCGGUCGGAUGCAGGCUCCGCCUUCGGCAACGAUGGCGACGCAAAGGAGGAGUCCAGGAAGAUGUCGGCUCUCACGAGCCAGCUGAGGUCGCACAACAUGGAAAAGGUCAUGGGCGCAUGCAAAGACAUCUUGGGCGUCGCUUCCGACAAGUACGAGAACUCCAAGCUGUGGGAUCGCCCCCCACGUGAUCGGACAUUGACUUCUCGGAUCGACCUGCUCACAAAUGCGUCGAAUAAGUGCUCCCGCUUGAAGGCGGGAGACGAAGAUGGUCAUGGGGGGGAUGCUGUGGCUGGCAUGGCGCAGAACCUCUUAGACGAGGCCGAGCGCUUGAAAUUCGUCGGCCAGCUCUUCAAGGACGCUCGCAAUAACCCCGUGGCUUUCUUGAAUAAAUCGCUAAACGUGGCUCAGAAAACAAUCGUCCAGAAGAUGGCCCCGGAGUUGGUGUCGAAUGUAUUCGUCGCUGCAGGCGUCGGGGCAGUUUCGAAAGUAGAGUUCACGGGCCUCGCCAGUGCUGAUGCGCCUGCGGUGGCGGCUGCCAUGGCAAUCCUGAGGUUCGCUGCCUUCAAGGACGACGGCUCGAUGAGCUGCAGCCUCCUCCCCGAGUCGUCUCGUGACAGGGCGCAGCAGACCGUUGUCAUGGAGCUCGUCGAGAAGACGCUCGCCGCGUCCUCCGACGACUACCAGAGCACGCGGGCUGCCCUCGUCGGCGCGGGGGCCCCCGCAUAUAUCCAUAACUAUUUCUCGGGCUGCGAGAUACCGCCGAUCUGGUCUCGGCAGGCCUGCGUGGACUUGAGCCUCGGCGCGUCUUUCUCUGGUUUGCUGAAGCACGGCGUCAACGCGGGCCCCCAGCUCGCCACCGUCGCCAAGGUCGCGAUGGAGAAGAAGUGCGAGACCAGCUUGAGGCUCCGAGCUUUCUCGAACAAGAGGGGCAAGCCCAACCAUCUCGGAGUCUUCUGCUGGGACACGGUGGACAAGGGCCUCUGGAGCGAGUUCAGAGACAUCCAACUCCCAGUUGAUAACUACGACGCUACCUUGCAACUGGUCGGACAAUUUAUCGAUGAAGGGCAGUCCGUCAAGAUCCUGGACGCGGUGCAGCCGAUGACCAACAUCGACAGCGAGACACAGUCGCAGGACAUCGACGUCACCAUCGCCAAGACUUGGUUCUCGAAGCUGAUGGGCGACCUCGAGGAGGUCAUCGAGGGGGCUAUUGGUGAAGCUCUCACCCCGCACGUCAUCGAUGGGAUGCUGGAGCCUCCACCCGAUGGCGGAUUUGGGCAGGAGGAGGACACGCGCAGGGCUGCUGCAACGUUUCGUUGCAUGAUGCAACUUGUGAUCUUUCACGACAACUUGGAGUCGGCGCUGGAUCGUGGCCGGCCUUGGGUUAAGCUGAUGUCUGAGUUUCGGGCCAGGCUCAAUCUUCUCGUUGACGUCAGCCAGGCAGCGCUGUGCGAGAACGACACGGACUACUUGGGCGUCCUCCGCACUUGGUCUUCUUUCUGGGUUCGCGAGCAGCGCAUCGCCGUCACCGACGUGUCGCUCGGGGCGCGGAGGAGUGAGGCAAUGAACGCGCUGACGGUCUUGCGAUCGUCUUCGAUCGAAGUCGCGGCGACUCGCGCUUUCAAGAAUGUGCUGGACUUUCGCAAGGGGCUCGAUGACGGCAUCAUCCAGUUGGCCACCCAGCUGAAGGACACCUUCCCGAAAGCGUGCAGCAACCUACUAGACGAGGCCAAGACGCGCGACAACAUCGCUGCAGUUCUGGGUCGGCUGUCCAAGGAUGAGCCCGUCAGCCUCAUCGAGAUAGCUGGAGCUGCCGCCGACGGCCAUGAGCUUCUCAAGCAAGAUGCCGACGCGACCUUGAUGGCGGAGGUGAUGGCAGCCUACGGAAACGCCGUCGACUCGUUCAUCGCGUCAUCGAAGGGGGUCUUCGAGUUCGAUCGGCUCCACGGCUUCUUCGAGGUGGUGAUCGCAGCGCGCGAGACGGGAGACUUCUCGAGUUGCCCGUGGAUGGAGAAGACGAACGACCAGGGCAUCAUCGAGGACAUGGGGUUAUAUGACCAGCUGUACAAGACAGCCAAUUCAACGUUCCGCAUCGCCGAGGCUACGUUGAAAUUGAUGUUGAAGUUCGAUGGCUGCGCCAAGAGGGUGUCGGACGUGCAGGCAGUGAGCGACGAGAACAGCAAAGUAUCGAAGAUGGAGGGUGAUGUCAAGAUGAUCAUCGCGACGGCGUCUAUUGGCAACACGCUCUUUCAGAGGCCCAGGCUAAAAACGUACACGUCCGACGUCGAGAAAACGAAGGCCCACUGCGUGAAGACAGGUGUGCAGAUCUCCAAGUUGGGCAAGUUCUUGCGGGACGUCCUCAAGGAGGCCGAGAUGGUGGACAGCAUCGCGGUCGAGGCUGACGCAGUCUCUGUGAGCUCCAAAGACACCGCCGCCGCCGCUCCCACGGAUAUCGAUGGCAAGUCGGACCACGCCCAGCCCAGUUCGAACAAGCGCCCGAGAGUGUCGAGCGGUUUCGCUGCCCUCAAA